UAAUCUGUCCCGCUGGAUGAAAGUGGACACACAUAGACUCUCCAAAGGACUUUUUUUCAGGAUUCUGCUCCCCCUUGCUGAGUUGCUCUCUAUCAUUGUUUCGCUCCGGCAUUAACCACAUUCCAGAGCGCCGCGGCGCAGCCCGUCUCCCUCCGCGCAUUCCUCUCACACAAACGAGUCCCGCAUGAAUCGUUUGAGACACGCAUACUCAUCCGUCUACGUGUUCAUCAUCUCUCCUGUUUAUUGAUAAUUUAUUGGGGGGAAUUUUAGGAGAGCUGGAAUUGCUGGAAACGAGUUCGCAGGAACAAUCACGGAAAAUCAAAGCGAUAAAAUUCCUCCGCGCAGCGCGCCAUUGACUGUAAAGACCUUUCAACUUUACAAAAACCUGAAAUUGACAAACGCUCUCCUGAGUGGAAACAUCGUCACGACGACCGUGUCGCCACAAAUCGACAGGCGGGGAGCGUGCAUCGUGACGAAAUGACGGCGAAGGAGUAAGCAAUCGCGAACAGGCAACGAUGGUUCGCCUGAGGCGGCGUUUUUCCGCGUAAAAUGCAGUUUGUGUUGUAGUUGACUAACGUUAGUGCUCCGCGCGCUCCUCCGUUCAACUCGCAUCAGAGACGACAUGGAUGGAUAUGACGAGGAUCCGGCGAGCAAACUGAUGGAAAACCUCUCCAUAUUUGACGUUUAUCAAGACGGGAUGUACGGGGAACCGAAUCCCGAUAUGGCGAAAACUAAACGAAUGAAUGGCAGCUCCUCCGCGCACGCGAACAAAGUCUACGGCGCGGCUCCCCAGCGCUCCGUCAACGGGAACCGACCCUCAGUGCCUCUCGAUUUCUGUUCUCCGCAAAGGGACGCGGUUUAUCCCGAUCCCGACGCGUACUGCACCAAAUCUGAAGUUGCCUUGCCGUGUUACAGCGGCGCGUCGGAGCGUCUCAGGAGAUACACGCAAGCGGAGGUGCAGGCGCACCGGUACAGCGCUGGAUGCGCCUACGACGCGCUCAUUCUGGGCAAGCAGGUGAGGAGCAACAGCUUAUGCAUGGCCACGAGCCCCCGGUCCAGUCUGGCUUCGUCGCACUCGUCGCAAGACCAGAGCAAACACACCAGCCCGAGGUCGAGCAUCAGCAGCCCGCGGUCCAGCCUGGUGUCACCGGGACAGGAGAAGUACUGCGAGGGGAACGGCGUGAUCAGCCCCCGCUCGAGUUACGCCAGCACGGCCAGCGACACCAGCAAACACUCCAGCCCCAGAACCAGCCUCAACAGCUACGACUGCGGGAGCAAACCGAGCAGUAACCGAACCAGCGGCAUCAGCAUGGGCUACGACCAGCGGCACAUCAGCCCCAGAUCGAGCACCACAAGCCCGCGCUCCAGCUACUCGCCCGCGGGGAACCACGAACCGGAGAGCGGCGUGGUGCACGGCAUCCCCAUGACCAGCCCCCGGUCCAGCAUCUGCAGCCAGGACGGCGGCGGGGUCGCGCGACUCGCCGCGGCGGCAAACUGCGUAGUCAGUCCUCGCUCGAGCAUCUCCAGCCACAGCUCCAGGAGCUCGCGGAGCUCCAUGAGCGCGUAUCCCGAGCUCCAGCACUCCAUGCUGGGACCCGGUUUGCCGGAGGACGCGCUGCUGCAGGACUUCGCGGAGCCAAACGGCCUCCACAACAACCGCGUCCACCUCCAAUCGUUCCCCGAGCCGCAGCAGCAGAACUCAGACGUCAACAUCGCGUUUAGCUACGGGAAGAUGGGCCCCGGGGGGCAGCGCUUAAAGCUGCCGUACCAGGUCACUCCAUCCCGGGACAGUGGCCCCAGUCCUGCGGAGCGGCGCCUGGAGGCCCUCACCCUGGAGCUGGAGAAGGAACUCGAGAUGCACAUGAAAAAGGAAUAUUUUGGUAUCUGUGUAAAGUGUGGUAAAGGUGUGUAUGGAGCGAGUCAAGCAUGUCAGGCGAUGGGGAACCUGUAUCAUACAAACUGCUUCACCUGCUGCUCCUGCGGACGGAGGCUACGAGGAAAGGCUUUCUAUAAUGUCAAUGGAAAGGUUUACUGUGAGGAAGACUUCCUGUACUCCGGGUUCCAGCAGACGGCAGAAAAAUGCUUCGUGUGUGGUCACCUCAUCAUGGAGAUGAUCCUGCAGGCUCUUGGUAAGUCGUAUCAUCCAGGCUGUUUCCGCUGUGUGGUUUGUAAGGAGGGCCUGGACGGUGUUCCUUUCACCGUGGAUGUGGAGAACAACAUCUACUGUGUGAAAGACUACCACACGGUUUUUGCUCCUAAAUGUGCCUCAUGCAACCAGCCCAUCCUCCCAGUGCAGGGUUCAGAGGAGACCAUACGGGUGGUGUCCAUGGAUAAAGAUUACCAUGUGGAAUGCUAUCACUGUGAGGAUUGCGGUCUGCAGUUGAAUGAUGAAGAGGGGCAUCGUUGUUACCCGCUGGAUGGGCACCUGCUGUGCCACCGAUGCCACCUGCACCGCUUAAAAACCCCUCUACCGACCCACCCGCCCCCGAGUUACCCGCUCCACGUCACUGAACUGUGAACACACAAGACAGAAGGAUCGUCCAUUUGACCAACAAGGGAGGCUUUUAUUAUAAUUUCACCCCUCAUCAUGGUAUCGAGGGGUUGGGCUCGGUGUCCAGCGUUAGGUCUUCAACACUGCCGCAGGGGAUCGGAGGGCGACCCAUGCCUGUUUUUCCUCCAGAGCGCCAAACAACAGCACUGAACACACAGACUGAGAUACGACUUCCUGUGCCUUCAUCGGAAAUCCUGCGUCGAUCAGGCCACCGCCUUCGACAUGCACCAUUUCUGUCUCCUGCCAGAUAUCUGUGCCACGCUGCCCGGGGUCUUUAAAGGGACAGUUCACCUGAAAUUAAAACUAGUGAACUUUAUUAAAAUGUUAUUUCAAGGCAAGACAUUACAGGAAAAAACAUUGUUUUUUGGGCUAUUUUGCUUCCAUAAGUCGUAAUUUAUUUAUUAAUUUUUUUCAGUGGAAAGAAAUCAUCUAAAAUAUACAUUUAAGUGUUUAUUUUAGUACGCUUUAUCUAUGUGCAUCUGUAGUUUUCAAUUGCAAUACGUAUCAAUACACAUUUUCUCUUACAGAGGGAUUUUUUCAUAUAUGAUUCACCUGAUAUAUAUUUAACAUUUUAAUCCAAAAACAAAUAUUUUUUAAAUAUAAAAAUAAAAGAGAAAUCCAAAACCUGCUCUGUAAAAAUAUACCAACAAAAUGUAACAAGAAUUUUAAACCAAUGUUCAUAUUUCAGUUCUAGAAAUGUUAUGUACAUUAGAAUGCAAUUUUAAUAUUUAAUUUUAAUUAUAAUUUUAAAUUUGUACUCUUUUUCAUUUCAUUUCCAUCUUGUUUUCUUGUACAAA